GAUGGCAACCGAAGACGGUCUUAUCAUCAUGUAUAGUUGAAAACACGAUAUACACGAUAGGAUAUACGACUGCUGGUAGUUCUCUGAGGAAAUCUUUACAGGUGACAGUCGUUCCUAAAAGUUACUGGCGAAAGGAACACUGUACUGUACUGCUCCAAUGUACACUUUAAAAGUAGUAUUUUACUUAUUAAAAUAGAGCAUAUUCGGCUUACAGUCGAAACCCGAUUCAGAAUGGUGAAUCAAAUUGAAAACAGUGCUGGGAGAGUUUUCACCAUUGAAACGAUUGACAACGGCAACGGCAAAGAGUUGGAAGUGCAAAGCCAUAGCUUCGAUGAGGCUAUCAAACUGGUCGGAUUUGGCGGAAUCAGUUGGCAGAUAUUCCUGGUGUCAGCGCUUGUCAUGCUGGCCGUGCUGAACGAAACCAUGGGAAUUUCGAUUCUGAUUCCCGCCGCUCACUGCGAUUUGAAUUUGUCGGCAACUGACAAGGGAAUGCUAACGGGAGUGAGCUUUGCGGGAAUCAUCCUGACGUCUCAUCUGUGGGGUUAUCUAGCGGAUACCAAAGGACGCAAAAAUGUGAUUAUUCUUUCACUGGCACUCACCUUCGUGUGCUCACUGGUGUCGAGCAUGGCGCGGGAUUUUGUCACCAUCGCGAUUCUCCGGCUGCUCGUCGGAAUGUGCAUUUCGGCUCCGUCGGCUACCAUCUACGCAUAUCUGGGCGAGUUUACGAAUACUGAGAAGCGAACCAUGAUAAUAUCUUUUGCCAGUGUCGCAGUCGGGCUGUCAUCCAUCUUCACCGGAACACUCGGUUGGUUGGUUUUGUCGUUCGACUGGCGCGUAGAUAUUUGGAGUUUGGUCACCUUCCGACCGUGGCGUUUACUGAUCAUCUUAUACUCUCUGCCCGGUGCGAUUGCAGCAGUUUGGAUGGUUUUCCUGCCGGAAAGCCCCAAGUUCUAUCUUUCCCAAGGAAGAGAUGAUUUGGCACUGAAGGUGUUGCAGAAAGUGUUUCUGGGUAACAAAGCAGGAGCAUCGCUUGAUGAGUUCCCCGUACAACGGAUAGUUCCUGAAGUGUGUGAAGACGAAGUGGGUUCACAGAGAAAAGGAUUUUCGGCGAUUCUUUGUAGUAUGUGGAAUCAGACGGCACCCCUGUUCCGCAGCCCAAAUGUGCUCUACUUUUCCGUAUGCUGUGCGCUACAGUUUGGAAUGUUUUUUGUGUCUGCUGGAAUGGGUUUAUGGUAUCCAGAGAUAAUUAACCGAUUAACAUCUACUAUCCCGGAAGAUUCGGAAGCUAUCUGCGACAUCCUGGAAGGAAAGAAUGGCACCGUUGAAGAUCUUACUCCGUUUUUUGCGGAUGAAGAAUGCGAUGAUCAUAUGACGCAAGAUGUGUUUGUCUAUGUCGUAGUUUUGGGAUCCAUCUACACCUUCCUCUACCUCAUUAUAUCUGCCAUUCUGCACAAAAUCAAUCGAGGUUAUAUCCUGUUCUUCAAUCUGUUCAUAUCCGGAACGUCCGGAAUGCUGCUGUUAUUCAUCGAUGACAUGUAUCUCGUACUGAUGCUGUUUUGCACGUUUAUGGUCUUCGCUGGAAUCUCAAUAUCGUUGGUAAACGGGGCAGCGGUCUCCAUAUUUCCUACCAACGUUCGAGCGAUGGCCGUCUGCUUGAGUCUUAUGAUGGGCCGACUGGGCAGUGUUGCCGGUACCAACCUAAUCGGUCUAAUCAUGGAGCAAAACUGCACGGUGACAUUUGCCCUUUUCGCCGCUUGCUCCCUGGUGGGAGCAAUGUUGACACUGAUACUUCCACGACGGUAAAUUUUGCUUCCAUCAAAAUAGAAAAUUAAACAGAUCGGGUUAUACCGAAAUAAAAUAAAAAGAAUCGAGAAUGCUCGUCGACCGUUGAUAUAA